ACAGGCAGAAGUUUUGGUGAGAAAGAUUUUCGUUCUGGAUUAGAAAAUGGCAUUCUUCUGUGUGAGUUGCUGAACGCAAUAAAGCCGGGAUUGGUAAAAAAGAUCAAUAGACUACCGACCCCCAUUGCAGGUUUGGAUAAUAUCACCUUAUUCUUAAGAGGCUGCAAAGAGCUGGGACUUAAAGAAUCUCAGCUUUUUGAUCCUGGUGAUCUGCAGGACACAUCAAACAGAGUAACCAUCAAGAACGCUGACUAUAGUAGGAAGCUGAAAAAUGUAUUAGUCACCAUUUAUUGGCUAGGGAAAGCAGCAAACAGCUGCGCAUCAUAUAGUGGAUCAACCCUGAACCUGAAGGAGUUUGAAGGUUUGCUGGCACAAAUGAGAAAGGAAACGGAGGAUAUUGAGAGUCCAAAGCGCAGCAUUCGUGACAGUGGCUAUAUAGACUGCUGGGACUCUGAGCGCAGCGAUUCCCUCUCCCCACCUCGCCACGGCAGAGAUGAUUCCUUCGACAGCCUGGACUCCUUCGGCUCCCGCUCGCAGCAGACACCGUCUCCAGAUGUAGUGCUCAGGGGGAGCAGCGAUGGGAGAGGAAGUGACUCAGAAACUGACCUGCCACACAGAAAGAUGCCAGAUGUGAAAAAAGAUGAUAUGUUGGCAAGGAGGACCUCACACGGUGAACCUAAAUCAGCUGUGCCUUUUAACCAGUACCUCCCGAACAAAAGUAAUCAGACUUUCUAUGUACCUGCUCCACUUCGGAAAAAGAAAGCCGAACGAGAAGAGUAUCGAAAGAGCUGGAGCACGGCGACUUCACCGCUGGGAGACAGACCUUUCAGAUUCGGCCCCAGAACUGCUGUGUCUGAUGACGCAGAGAGUAUGAGCAUGUUUGACAUGAGAUGUGAAGAAGAAGCCGUCACUCAGCCUCACAGCAAAGCUCGCCACGAGAAACUGCAGAACGUAAACAACCAGCUGAAAGAGGAUGAGACCAGAUGGCAAGAUGACCUGGCUCGGUGGAAGAGUCGUCGAAGGAGCGCUUCACAAGACUUAAUAAAAAAGGAAGCUGAGAGAAAGAAAAUGGAAAGGUUAUUGUCUGGAGAGGGAACGAAUGAGCGCAGAAAAAGCAUCAAAACCUACCGAGAAAUUGUGGAAGAGAAAGAGAGAAGGGAGCGGGAGCUUCAUGAGGCGUACAAGAAUGCGAAGUCACAGGAGGAGGCCGAGAGCAUCCUCCAGCAGUACAUUGAAAGAUUCACUAUCAGCGAAGCUGUCCUUGAGCGUCUGCAGAUGCCAAAAAUUCUGGAAAGAAGCCAUUCAGUGGAGCCAAAUUCCCCACUGAAAGACCCAAAUCCUCUGAGAUAUUUACGGCAACAGUCACUGCCUGCUCCAAAAUUCACUGCCACCAUUGAAGCAACCAUAGUUCCCACCACUGAACUAGAGCCCAGCCGUUCGACGGGCCGCACGUCUCCCAGCAAAAGCGUUGUCCCCAAGGCUGUGCCUAUGCUGACACCCAAGCCUUACUCACAACCCAAAAAUACACAAGAAAUUUUAAAGAACUUUAAGGUAGAUGGAAAAGUCAGCAUGAAUGGAGAAAAUGUCAACGGUGUGGAAGAGAAGGAUAAAGAGUGUACAACAGUAAUAUUUACUCCUUUGCCAAGCAGAUCGCUGAAAUUUGACGGAAUAGCCAGAGGGGACAGGCCCCCGGUAGAGUUGAAGAAGGACCCCACAAGUGUUGAGCUCAGUUUACAGAGGCCUGCCACUCAAAGUGUGCACAAAGAGCCAACAAUAACAGAUUGUUUAGACAACCGUGAAAUAAAGGAAGUAUUUAAUUACUUUGCCACUUUUCAAGCCUUAGCCUCCCCAUUGGAAGCAGACAGAGCUGCCAGCCAGCAGGUCGAGACCAGCCCUGGAAGUGUGGGACCUGCCAGCCCAGCGUGCCCAUCCCCAGGUUCAGAUCAAAAGCAAUUCAAGUCAACUGCAGCUUGUGCCAGCCCUGUCGUGAAGAGAUUAGAAUUUCUUCCUGCGCCUGUCCCUUCAGAGGAAGCUGCUUCAAGUGAGAAAGACGUGAAGAAACCUGAAAAGGAGCAGCAGAAGGAAGCAGAGCUCCCUGCUACACCAGAGGUAAUGAAACCAGAAGCCCUGGAACAAGAAGGGAGUGUAGUGUUGCCAUUUUUAAAGAAACUACCUGAGACCAGCCAAGUUACUCUGCAGAAUUCUGGUCUACAAGAGCCGCCCCGCGGGGCCGCGGUUCCGCUUAGGGUUCGCAACAACUGGCGGCGCUCACAGUUUUUCUCGCAGUCAGCUGAUUCUGAUAGUGGUGACAAAUCAAAUGUGAGUACCUUUUUUCGUUUCAAUUAUUGGUCCUGGGAUCCAGAAGAAGAGCGAAAGCGCCAAGAAAGGUGGCAGCAUGAGCAAGAACGCUUGCUUCAGGAGAAGUAUCAGAAGGAGCAGGACAAGCUGAAAGAGGAGUGGGAAAAGGCCCAGAGAGAAGUUGAAGAGGAGGAGCGUAGAUACUACGAGGAGGAACGUAAGAUAAUUGAGGAUACUGUAGUUCCAUUCAUUGUUUCUUCAAACUCUGCUGAGCUCCUCUCCUCUUCUUCCUCCACCACUGAAGGAAACAAGACAGUGAACUCAACUGAUUCAAACAGCUCUCCAGAGGACGGCAAACAAAAAGAAGUUACAAGGCAGAAAAAGCUGCUCUGGGAGCAGGACAGUAUGCCAUCUCUGAAAAGCAAAGAAAAUGAACUCUGGCAAGAAAAGAGGAGUGGAAAUAAAAUGCUCUCAGGACACCCAGAGAUGGGUAUCUUGAAAGGAGGUGACCAGGAGCGCCAGGUGCUGAUGAUGGAGUGCAGCUCGCCUGCCAGGCUGAAUCUGCCGUUGACUCAGGACAUCUCCUGGAAUCAGCAGUUGCUGACAAAGCAGUCUCCGCAUCGCACAGAGGACAUUCGGCAGAGACCAUUCCUGGGCCAUAGUGCUGGGCAACAGCUGAGCUCUACAGGGGAGACAAGGAGGGUAGGCUAUAAUGAGAACUUCCGGUCUGGGCCAUCGUCUCCCUGCUCUCCUGCUGCUCCAAGUCAGUCACCCAAUAGGUCUGUCAGUGGAAAGAAGCUUUGUUCUACCUGCGGGCUUCCUCUUGGAAAAGGAGCUGCGAUGAUUAUUGAAACACUUGGUCUUUAUUUCCAUAUUCAGUGCUUCAGGUGUGGCAUUUGCAAGGGACAGCUGGGAGACGCAGCAAGUGGGACAGAUGUCAGAAUUAGAAAUGGUCUUCUUAAUUGCAACGAUUGUUAUAUCCGAUCCAGAACUGCUGGACAGCCAACUACAUUGUGACAUGACUUUCAGUCCUUUCAAGAAGGAACUCUCUUCUCAUAUGUAUCGGCUGCUUCCAGACAAUCACUUGUAAGAGCUUGAAUCCAUGGACAUCAUGGCUCUCAUCUCAUUUUGAAAAACUCAUAAAAACACUGCACCCCCUCCCUUAAAAUGCAAUAUGUUGGUUUUUUCCCUUUCUUAAGAUAUUUGCAAAAUAUGUAUGACCAUGUUUGGGAAGGCAAAGCCCAAGUACUAUUAAAAAAAAUAAUCCCACCUUUCAGGUAUGCUUAUGAUUUCCAGUCUGUUACCUUGUUCUUUUGGAAGUAAUAAGAAAAUAAACAUGCAAUAAAGCUGUUUUGUUUUAAUAUUUCUAGGAAUUAAAAAGUUUAAGUUUACACAACCUUUAUAGAAUAUGCCAAUUUCAGCUGAGAAGUAAUUUUAAGAUAGUAUCUAAUCAGUGCAUUUGAAGAACUAAACAUCACAGAAAGACUUCUCUGUUAUAACUGAAGCUAUAACCUUUUUUAUACAGAGACUAGUUUGAUAAUACAUCCUGUAAUUCUGAAGCAUUUUGUGUUUAUAUUGCCUUCAGUGGAGGGUAGGAGUUAUACAAAUAAAUUAUUGCACCUUUAGUGAUAGUAUUUUUUUGUUUGUGUACCUCAAGUAAUGGUCAUGACUAUAGCUUAAUAUUCUCUCAAAUAAAGAUUUCUUCAUUAAACCUAAA